GGCAGCAGGAGGAGGAGGAGGAAUGUGGGACCAUGUGGUGUUUAAACCACGUGGCCUACAUUACCGGAAGUAAGCAACUCUGUCUGUGCCAAGAUGUCUGCUCCCGACGACGACACGUUUGCUGAAGAAGGAGACGAAAUGGAGGAGAUGGACGAGGUUGGCAGCGAGGAUGAUGAAGAGGCAGAGAUGGGGGAGGAAGGAGAGGACACGGAGGCACAGAAGAAGGUGUACGUACCCGGCAUCGAGCCGCUUCCACCCGGAGAGGAGCUGGAGAUGGACCGCUCUGCCUACCGCAUGUACCACGAGUGUCAGACAGGUGCCCCGUGUCUGAGUUUUGACAUUGUGAGGGACAGAAAUGGAGACGGUAGAGAGCAGUUCCCUCUGUCCAUGCUGCUGUGUGCCGGCACGCAGGCCGACACGGCCAUGAGCAACAGACUUCUUGUCAUGCUGAUGCACAACCUUCAUGGUACAGAGAAGGAUGAGGAGAAAGAAAGCAGUGAUGAUGACAGUGAUGAAGAUGAGGAGGAAGAUGAAGAUAAGAAGCCACGGAUGGAGAUGACCAUGCUGCCUCACUACGGAGCCAUGAACAGAGUCCGAGUAACCCAGCGAGGAGAGCAGUCAUUGGCUGCUGUCUGGUCUGAGAAGGGACAGGUAGAAAUAUUUGACCUUCGACCUCAGUUGGAUGCUGUCCACAAUUCUGCUGCCAUGGCGGCUUUUAUGAGACAGCAGAAGGAAGCCACGCCCCUCUUCAGUUUCUCAGGACAUAUGGGUGAAGGCUUUGCGAUUGAUUGGUCCCCUACAGUACCAGGUCGUCUCGUCAGCGGAGACUGUAAAAAGAACAUCCAUGUGUGGGAGCCACAAGAGGGCGGAACUUCCUGGAAGAUUGACCAACGACCCUUCAGCUCCCAUAGUAAAUCGGUGGAGGACGUGCAGUGGUCCCCCAACGAAGCCACGGUGUUUGCUUCCUGUUCCGUUGAUCAGUCUAUUCGUAUCUGGGACAUCCGUGCACCCCCCACUUCGAUGAUCUCCACUGAUGGAGCUCACUCCUCGGACAUCAAUGUGAUCAGCUGGAACCAGACUGAACCAUUCCUCCUCUCUGGAGGGGACGACGGCCUCCUGAAGGUGUGGGACCUGCGGCAGUUUAAGACUGGACGUCCUGUGGCCAACUUCAAGCAACACAGCGCCCCCAUCACCUCAGUUGAGUGGAACCCCAUGGACUCCAGUGUGUUUGCCGCAUCGGGGGCAGACGACGUCGUCAGCCAAUGGGAUCUCUCCGUAGAGUCGUGUGACGUGGGCGCCAGAGUGGAGGAGAUGAAGGAUUUACCUCCUCAGCUCCUGUUCCUCCACCAGGGUCAGUCAGAGGUGAAGGAGAUCCACUGGCACCCCCAGCUGCCCGGGGUGAUGGUUUCUACAGCUCUGUCAGGAUUUAACGUGUUCAGGACCAUCUCUGUAUAACACCUGUGUGUGUGUGUGUGUGUGUGGGUGUGUUCUGCUGUAGUGGACAUCUGUGUGUGUGUGUGUGAGAAUGGACGCUGAGCCUGACAUAAAUGGAUUUUACUAAACCCUGAAGAUAAAUCUGUAUUGUUGAAAUUCCUUCCUAUAUAUUUUAUAAACGUGUCAGUUUUUAUAUCACAUUUCCCAGCGUGUGCUUAAAAUAAGAUGAUUGAAAUUAUAAUAGUUGAGGUUUAUUAUCACCUGGACUGUCCUGCAUGCUGUUCAGAGUUGUGGAAUGUUUCAAAAGUCUGACUCAACAGAUGGUUUCAGCUCAGUCAGAAGGACUUCCUGCUGUAAGCUAGCAGGCUAACCAUACUCCAUGAUAUGCUGCCAAACAAGAAGAAAAGACUUGUUGACUUGUCUUUAGACUAUUAACUUUUUUGUGUCAGGUCUUCUGUGGAAUGAUUAAAAAAGUACAGUCAUCAUUA